AUGACUUCCCCACUGGCCUGUGACUUUCCUCUGAUCAACACAGCAUCGCUUAGUCAGGCUCCCAUGGGUGAUUCGUUCCUUCAGCUCAACAUCACCUAUCCACCAGAGUUGAACCAUCGUGUGCUCUUUAAUGGUGUACCUUGUGGAACUGUCAAUGGUCCAAUCUUCACGUGCAAGACCGGCCUGAAACUAGAGAAUGGUCAAUCUUACACUGUGGAGUUGGCCAAUGACUAUUACUCUGACAAGAAGGUGUUUGAAAACUAUGCUCUGCCAUAUCCAAAAGUGACUGCAUUCUCUACAUUGACAACAGAGGGUGGUUCCAUAACAAUGUCUGGUAGUUUUGGUCAACUACAACAACCCCUAGUAACAAUCAAUGGUCAACCAUGUAACAUCACCAGCACCAAACAUGAUAGUCUCACAUGUACAAUAGCUGGUCCCCUUGAAGCUGGACAAGCCACUGUGGACAUUCAAGUAGAUGGUUAUGGAUUCACCAACAAGUUACUCAACAUUGCCACCAGUGCAAAGUGCCUGAAGCCAGGUUUCUGUGGUAGUCAUGGCUCGUGUGACACUGAUCUUGGUCAGUGCUCAUGUCAGACCAAUUACUAUGGUGAACAAUGCCAAUACUCUUUGUCCGACCGUGCUGUGUUCACACCCAACUCGUCAGACCCAACAGCAGUAUUCGUCUAUGGAGGAUAUAACUUCCGAUUCUCCAUAUUCUCAGUGCAGGAGAUACUUCCCAAUGGCGACGUUCUUUAUGAGGUGAAGCCCACCAACUGGACUGGCCAAGUUACCAACAGUACAUCCCUGACUACGAUAGACUACACCUUGAAUCAGACUGAUGCCACACAGACCGAUCUCCGUCUGUCUGCUUCGAUUGCCUACUCUGAUGUUGCACGAACAGUGACCUUUGGCUCCAAGACCUUCAAUCUUGCCCCACGAUCCAUCAAGAUUGGAGUGAACAUAUCUGAUUGGAAGUACUCUAGCAACAUCAACACACUGAGAGUGGUAUUUGUCACAGCCAUCAACCCCAACCAAACGACUGGAUGCGACAAGACCAGUCUUCCAUCCUAUGGCUAUGCCCAAGGAUCCAUAACCAACCUCAUGGUUCAAAAGGAUGAAGUACUGUUCUAUGGACGAUUCCUGGACUAUGCCAUCUCUGAUGGUCGCGAGACCUUCACUAGAAACGAGCUGAUUAGCACCGACCUGGAAUCAGAUUUGGCCUACAUGGGCAUCAAUCUACCGCAGUGCAAAAAGUGUAUGCUUGAUCCAGACUUUUCAGCACUGGUCUCUGGUGACAACAAUCAUGGUUGUCCUCAGGCAUUCGAGGUAUGGAAGAUCGCCCUGAUCAGUGGAUUGGUCGGUGGUGUUGUACUGAUUGGCUUGGCUCUAGUGAUCUACACUCAGAGGAAGGCCAUCUAUCUAAAGUACUUGGAUCUGACUGGAAAGAGAUCAAACUCCAAAAUGCAGUUGGAUGAGUUGAGUAGCUCUCGUGCAAGUGUAACUAUUACUGGAUAA